AUUAUUAAGACACGUGUAACCUAGGCGAUGGAAAUGCAAAUGACAUUUUAUAUAAAAACAAAAAUAGUGACAAACAGGGGAAACCAGACGGCGGCAGCUAUCACACAGUGUCCGGUGAAAAAAACCCACCAGACAAUAAACAUAUAUAUAGAUAUAUAUAUAUAUAUACAUUACAACCUAUAUCUAUAUUCUUGUUGAAAAUGGAAGGAAGAAACUAUAUUCCACCCCAUUUACUAAACCAACAAAUGCAUAGGCAAUUGCAAAUAAACACAUUACUUAAAGAAAACCAAAAUCUUGAAACAACCCAUCUGUCACUAUUACAACAACUCUCAGCUGCAAAAGCCCAACUCCGGCGACUUACCAUCGUCGCCGGAGAAGUGGAGUCCGGGGAAGAAGGAAGGUUUGGUGAGGUUUAUGAAAAGUUUGUGAAGAUGGAAAAUGAGGUGAAGUUGGUUGAUGGGUUGAAAGUUGAGCUGGAUGAAAUGUUGUGUGGGUUGAAGGAAUUGAAAUGUGACAAGAAAGAGAUUCUUGACAAGUUGGUUGAGGUUUGUAUUGAUAAUGUGAGUGUUUCGGAUGAUUCGAAGCAAGUGAGGUUGGUUAAAGAGGAAGUUGAGGCUUUGAAGAAAGAAAUCGAAAAUGGAAGGGCAGUAAUUAAACAAGAGAAAAGGGUGCAGGCCAGUAACAAUGCUCAAUUUGAAGAAAUGAAGAAGCAUAAAACCUUAAUGGCUCGUGAAAUCAAAAAGCUGCAGGUGGAAGUUAUUGAUGCUAGGAAGAGAGCAAGGGCAGCAGCUGCACUGGAAGCCGCUUUAAAUCCACUGCAGGUGGAAGUUACUGAUGCUAGGAAGAGAGCAAGGGCAGCAGCUGCACUCGAUGCCGCUUCAAGUCCACUGCAGGUGAAAGUUAUUGAUCCGAGGAAGAGAGCAAGGGCAGCAGCUGCACUGGAAGCCGCUUUAAAUUCACUGCAGGUGGAAGUUAUUGAUGCUAGGAAGAGAGCAAGGGCAGCAGCUGCGCUGGAAGCCGCGUUAAGUCCAGUUGACAUCUAGUUGAUCGCUGAUAUCAGCCCGAAAGCAUAGUGAAUGGUUCGUGAUUUCAGAUUACAAACAAUACGUUUGGUAUACGUGGAUAUAAUCUCUUAAUUGCAUACAAGUUUCAGAACAUUUUUUUUAAUGCAUAUAUUUACUAGCGAAGUUAAUCUGUUCAGACUUCAGUCUGUUCAAUUUGAGCAUUUUCUUAUCCUAACAUGAACCUGAAACUGUCCCAGACCAAUCUUGUAUUUCAGUUUUUGGUUUGA